AUGGUGAUGUUUUGGUGUCGGACUAAACAAUCACAGCUCAGAGCUUUAUCAAAUCAGUUCAAACGAUGCUACUUUCAGAUUCAUGGGUCCUCUUCAAUCAUCAGAGGAACUACAGUUGGUGUUCUCAAGGGUCCAAAUUCAUCCUUUCACAGAACUGGAUCUGAGUUUAACAACUGUGUGAGAUUCUUUGCUGCACCUGUUCAGGUCAAACCAAAAUAUGAUGAGAAGGAUAAGGGGCGUCCUCGAAUGAAUGAACAAAUAUCUGCUCAGUAUGUUAGAAUUGUGACAGAUGAAGGACAUGGUGUUGUGUCAAGGCAUGAAGCAUUGGAACGUGCAAGGAGACUGAAUGUUGAUUUAGUUGAGGUUCAACCAGAUGGUAAACCACCUGUUUGCAAACUCAUGGACUAUAACAGGGAAAUGUACUUAAGACAAGCAAAGGAAAAAGAACAAACAAAAAAGAAGUCUGACUUGGUUUUGCGUAAAGGAGGCUUGAAAGAAGUUCGAAUUACUUGUAAAAUUGAUAAAAAUGAUUUGCAAACAAAAGCAGAUGCAGUUAAGCGAUUAGCUGAACGUGGUCAUCGAAUCAAGUGUAUGGCAGUGGGUACUGAAGAUCAGGAUUUGGGAGGAUUGCUAUCACGACUUUCUGCUCUGAUUGAUGAUUUUUCUCUAGUGGAAAGCGGCCCUAGAGUGGAGUCAAAACAAGCAUACGUUGUUGUUCGGCAUGUCAAAUUUGGGCCAUUGAAGAAAGGUCCAGGCAAAAAGAAGCUUUUAGCAACAUCAAACACCGAAACACCAGAGCAAAACGAAUCUGGUUCAGAAACCGAGGAUGAUACACUUUCUCAAGACCCAAUUGAAUCAGUCGAUGAUUUUGAAAACAAAAAUUAUGAUGACACCAUGAAGUUUGCACCAGAAACAUCAUCAAAUAGGUAUGCAUCUGCCACAAGGUCAGCAAAUGUAAAUGUUCCGGAAAAUAGGUAUGCAGCACCUGGUGGUGUAAGGAGACAGUUUGAACCAGAAAGUGGCGGCAACCGGCGGCAGGGUGUAAAUCAACCUGAGGCCGCCAGUAGACCGGUGGAGGUAAAUAGGUACAAGAAAGGACCAACCCCACCACCACCAGAUUAUCAGAUGAACAGGGGUCCACGAGGUGAUUUUAGGGAGAAACAAGCUGGUUUUAGAAGAUAAAUAUACAAGAGGAUCAAUUUUAACACAGUUUUGUAGGAGAAACCUUGAAGAUGGAUCAUUCUGAAAUUAUUUUUAUAAAAUGCAGCCCUGGCUGCUAUUUAAUAUAUUGUAUUGUUGUAAAAUGGGAUUGAAUUGGAUUUGAUUUAUAUAAAAAAAAUGAAUGGUAAUUUCUCAAACAUAAUAAAAGGAAACAGGGAUUUCAACAGCAAUAAAUAUGAAAGUACAAUGGC